UGACGCACCUGCGUCCGCUAACAUGCGCCGCCUCAUCGUCCUACCCUGCGCGACUGGUUCCCCACCCACCGGACCUCAUCAAGUGGGUUACCAGAGAAGGCGGCUUCGUCCACCCUGCCAUCAAGAUAGCACUUCAUCCCUCCCACGGUCUCGGCUUACUCGCCAACCAACAAAUCCCCAAGGGUUCCGACCUUAUCGUUCUCCCCGACCACAUUCCCUUGAGGUUUAACCACCAAGACGCCACCCACUCUCUCCUCCUUCAGUUGGCACGCCAUGUUCCUGAGGAACUGUGGGCCAUGAGGCUAGGUUUGAAGCUGCUUCAAGAAAGAGCUAAAGUUGGAUCCUUUUGGUGGCCAUACAUCAGCAAUCUCCCGGAAACAUACACUGUCCCUAUCUUCUUUCCCGGAGAGGAUAUAAAGAACUUGCAGUAUGCUCCUCUUCUUCACCAGGUGAACAAAAGAUGUCGGUUUCUUCUUGAUUUUGAGCAAGAAGUCAAGCAUGCCUUAGUCAAUCUCACACCAGAUAAGCAUCCUUUUGGUGGCCAAGAAGUAGAUGCAUCUUCUCUUGGAUGGGCUAUGUCAGCAGUCUCAUCAAGAGCAUUCCGUUUAUAUGGUGACAAACAGCCAGAUGGGAUCCAUAUUGACAUACCUAUGAUGCUCCCUCUGAUUGAUAUGUGCAAUCAUAGUUUCAAUCCAAAUGCCAGAAUUGUUCAGGAAAAAGACUCUAGUAGCAAAAAAAUGCAAGUGAAGGUUGUGGCUGAGACAGCAAUCAAAGAAGAUGAUCCUUUAUUACUUAACUAUGGCUGUCUAAACAAUGAUUUUUUCCUUCUUGAUUAUGGAUUUGUGAUACAAUCAAACCCGUAUGACUGCAUUGAACUGAAAUACGAUGGUGCUCUUUUGGAUGCUGCAAGCUCAGCAGCUGGAGUUUCAUCACCAAAUUUCUCAGCACCUGCUCCAUGGCAGGAACAGAUUCUUGCUCAGCUAAAUCUUGCUGGGGAAGCUUCAGAUCUCAAGGUGAGCAUUGGUGGUGAAGAUGUAGUAGAGGGGCGUUUGUUGGCUGCAUUGAGAGUACUCCUUUCAAGUAGUAUGGAAACCGUGCGGAAGCAUGACCUCAACACACUCAAGUCUUUAUCAGCCGAAGCCCCGCUGGGUGUUGCAAAUGAGACAGCUGUCUUACGUACGCUUAUAGCUCUGUGUGUGAUUGCACUGGGACACUUCCCCACCAAAAUAAUGGAUGAUGAAUCACUGCUGAAACAGGGUGCCUUAGGUUCAACGGAAUUGGCCAUUCAAUACAGAAUCCAAAAGAAAUAUGUGAUUGUUGAUGCCAUGAGAUCUCUCUCAAGGAGGGUAAAGCUUCUCUCUUUCAAGGAAACAACAGUGAGUGCCGAAGGCUAAGCCUAUGAACCUUGGAGAACGUAUUUGCCAAUAUGCUAUUCAGUAUUUUAAUCGCUCUUUUCCCACGCCAUUGUUAUUUGACUUUCUAAAAAUGGAUGCCAUGUCUUUUACUCAGUAUGGGUCGGAUUUUCAUUGAACUUUUAGGAAUAUCAACCACGAAUAUGCUAUUAGGUCAAUUUAGUCAUUAGAUUUUGCAGUUAUUUCGAGAAUCUGUUGUGUUAAAACAUGGAUACGGGAUGCUAGUUGGUUGACCUUGGAGUUGUGGGUUGGGAGAAUAAUAGUCUACCAAAUCAAGAGAUCUCAUAGCAAAA